AUGAAGGAAAUUGAAGCACUCCUGGCGAAAAUACGUGAAGGCGCUUACGUCAAGGGCCCGGAUGUGUCAGAAUACAAAAUCGCAAUCCUCUGUGCACUGAGAGACGAGAUAAUUGCCACAUGCUCGUUCCUAGAGGAGAGGUACGAUCCUGAAUCCAUAGAUGUGGACGCAAGAGACUUCAAUCGCUAUAAGCUAGGAAAGUUGGCUGGGCGCUACGUGGUAGUAGUUCAGAUGCCCGAGACGGGCAAGUCACCGGCUACCGCAACGGCUACCCAUCUGGCCAGGACGUUUGAGAAUGUAAAGCUUCUGCUGAUGGUCGGUAUUGGGGGUGGGAUUCCGGUCGAACAAGAUCGAGUUCGUGUCCAUGUUGGCGAUGUCGUUGUGAGCAGUCCACAAGGCAGAUUUGGGGCAGUGUUCGAGCAUGACAGGGGGAAAGCUCACUCGGGCGGUGUCUUUGAGCAUACAGGCCAUUUAAAUAACCCGCCACCGUUUGCUAUCAGCAUAGCGAAUGAUCUUGAUAUGCAGCUUUCUGAAAACCUCGACCUGCUUGAAAAAAUGCGCUGGAAAAUCUCACUGAGGAGGACAGACCCCGAUUUAAGAGACCAUCAAAGUCCCUGGACAGGCUCUACAAGUCAUCCUUCCCCCACCCCAUCAAAGGGAAGUCGUGUAAAGAAGUCUGCCCUGAGUUACACGUGGAGUCGUGGCAUCACCGAGACCGAGAAGUGGCCAGAGCACAUUUAG